AUGACCCUUGAACCUAUCGCCCUUGUUGGAACCGGAUGCAAAUUUCCGGGAUCAUCUUCCUCGCCGUCCAGGUUAUGGAAUCUACUUUGCAACCCGACAGCGGUAGCAGCUGAGCCACCUUCCACUCGAUUCAAUGGAAGAUCAUACUACCAUCUGGAUAGCAAUCAUCAUGGGACCACCAACACCAAGGAGUCCUACUUCCUGUCCGAGGAUAUUCGCAUGUUCGAUGCCUCGUUCUUCAAUAUCUCCGCCAGCGAGGCCGAAGCCAUAGACCCUCAGCAACGGCUGUUGCUAGAGACCGUCUACGAGUCCCUAGAGCGGGCCGGGCAGCGGCUCGACGCUCUUCGUGGCUCCUCCACAGGCGUAUUCUGUGGUGUGAUGAUGGCAGACUGGGCGACUCGAGUGGAAAUCGACGAUCAAGUAUGCCCCCGCUAUACCAUCACCGGGCUGGCGCGGACCAACAUCGCGAACCGGGUCUCAAACUUCUUCGAUUGGCACGGCCCAUCCCUUGUGGUAGACACAGCUUGCUCCUCGAGUCUGGUCGCCUUGCAUCAGGCCGUGACGGCUCUACGCCAGAGAGAAUGUCCCACAGCAGUAGUGGCGGGGACAAACCUUCUGCUGCACCCCAAUGUCUUUGUUUCGGCGUUGAAGCUUCAAAUGUUGUGCCCCACUGGCCGCGGCCGCAUGUGGGACGCAAACGCUGAUGGCUAUGCCCGUGGCGAAGGCAUUAUGUCUAUCGUUUUGAAACGCCUGAGCGAUGCAGUUGCCGCAGGUGACCCGAUUGAAUGCGUGAUCCGAGCCACAUGCGUCAACCAAGACGGCCGAACAACGGGCCUCACGAUGCCGUCUAGUAAAGCACAACAGGAUCUGAUCCGGUCCGCCUACCAGAUGCUCGACCUGGACCCAGAGCACAGAGACGAGGAUCGAUGCCAGUAUUUCGAGGCCCACGGAACCGGGACUCCGGCCGGGGAUCCCCAAGAGGCUUCAGCCAUCUAUCAUGCUUUCUUUGGAGAUUUGCCAUUACAGCAGCAACAUAGGGAGACUGAGAAACUGUUUGUGGGAUCAAUAAAAACGGUGAUUGGACAUACAGAAGGCGCAGCCGGCAUAGCAUGCAUUGUCAAGGCUUCAUUGUGCAUUCAGCAUGGAGUGAUCCCACCCAACCUCCUGUUCGACCAACUCAACCCACAGCUUGAACCAUUUUCUACCAACCUGAAUGUCCUAGUGAAGGCUAUGCCAUGGCCAGCUCUGAAGCCCGGGGUUCCACGCCGCGUGUCUGUCAACUCAUUUKGUUUUGGGGGCACUAAUGCGCAUGCGAUUCUUGAGAGCUAUGAGGACAGCAUGCUUGCAAUAGGCAAGCACGCUCAACUAUCGCCUAAAGCCCCAAUACCCGUCGUGCUGCCAUUUGUCUUCUCCGCGUCUUCUGUGCGAGCGCUUGCUGCCAUGCUGGAACAGUACAUUCAAUAUCUCGAAGACAAUCCCAUGGUCGACCUAGUGGACUUGGCAUGGACCUUACUACAGCGACGUUCCUUCUUGGUGCACCGUACCGCCCUUUGGACACCUACAAUAGAUCUCUUAAUCACGAGAAUCCGCGAAGAGCUUGACCUCAUCAAGGCCAAAAGGCGGUCGUCCGUCGAACUGGUUAGCGAAAUGGAGAGAUCGCUUGCCGACCUUCCUGUCGAGCUCCGACCAAGCUUCUCCCUCCAAGAAGAGCUGGCUGCAGCCCAGGCUCACUCCCGGCUGCAUGAGGCCGCAAUCUCACAACCAUUAUGCACAGCACUCCAGAUCAUUCUUGUUAAUGUUCUUUCUGCUUUGGGUAUUUCCCCAGCUGUAGUCGUUGGUCAUUCCUCCGGUGAAAUUGCGGCGGCAUAUGCUACCGGACUCUUGUCAUCGGCUGACGCCAUCCGAGUCGCCUACCUGCGAGGUCACGUCGCGGGACUGGCUGGAGAGGGAGCAAUGCUGGCGGCUGGAAUUUCUCAGGAGGAGGCCGCCGUUCUCUGCCAGCAACCCGAAUUUGACGACAAAAUCAGCUUGGCAGCAGUGAACUCUUCUUCCAACGUCACGCUCUCCGGUGACCUUGAUGCCAUAUCUCAGGUUGAACAGAUACUCCUGAAAGAGAAGAAGUUCGCGCGGCUUCUCCGCGUUCACACAGCGUACCAUUCCCAUCACAUGGCUGCUUGCGUAGAAGCUUACCUGCGAGCCUUGGACGCAGCAGAGAUUCAAAUUCGCUCCCACUUGUCGUCACAGUGGUACUCUAGCGUCUAUGAAGCACAGGAAAUCACGCUGGAGCAACAUGGCUACGGUAUGACUAGGGACUACUGGAAGGACAACAUGGCCAAGCCUGUGUUGUUUUCACCAGCAUUGGAGGCAGCUUUACGCUCCAGCAGUCACGAUGUGCGCCCUGAUCUGGUCGUCGAGGUAGGGCCUCAUCCGGCUCUCAAAGGCCCGGCACAACAGACGAUCACAGAUCUCUUCCCUUCGGAGAUUCCCUACGUCGGGUUACUGAACCGUAGCCAAGAUAGUAUUGAAUCAUUGGCAAAAGCCAUCGGCCACUUCUGGAUUCAUUUCGGGCCGCAUUCAAUAGAUAUAGCCAGCUACGUCGCACUGUUCGACAGAUCGCGCAAGCCACCAAAGAUCGUCCAAGGCCCUCCCACAUACCCUUUUGAACACAAUCAACCAUAUUGGUUUGAGACACGGGCGUGGCGCUGGCGACAGUACCUGCGCCGGGAGGAAAUUGACUGGCUUGAUGCGCACCAGAUUCAGUCCCGUACAGUGUUUCCGGCAAUAGGGUAUCUGGUCAUGGCAUUAGAGGCGGCUGCCAUCGUUGCUGCCAGUGGGGGCGUGCGGCUUGUGCAGGUUGAUGAGUUCAGCAUAACCCAGGCCAUUAUUUUCUCGGACGAAAAUGAUACCAUGGGGGUGGAGACCCUGUUCCGAGUGAGCGAUUUCCGACUCCAGAGUAGAGAUAAAGAAACUGGUUCCUUCAGCUGCCAUGCCACGAUCGGCGGGAGUUUUACUCUUUGCGCCUCGGGGAAACUGACUCUGGGAUGGGGAGAACCCGAAGCUUGCCUGCUGCCAUCGCGAGCUCCUGUUAAUGAAGACAUGAGACCGGUGGAUGUGAAUGGCUUCUAUCAGUCCUUGAAACGAGUCGGCUACGGCUAUUCAGGACCGUUUCAGUGUAUUACCUCUCUUUCCCGUCAAUUAGAUGCGUCAAGAGGCAAUAUCACGAACCUUGCCUCUUCGUUGCAGUUCCAUCCCGCCGUAUUGGACGCCAGUCUGCAGAUGCUUCUUGCUGCCCUGAGCACAAUCAGAAACGGACAGCUGGAUAAUAUGCUAAUCCCGACCGGAAUCGAUCGUGUCAUCUUUAAUCCAGCCUACAGCCGUCACUGGGACCCCGUCGGUAGUGAGGAGCCCCUAGUUGACGCUGUCGUCAACAGCCUUGGCCCUGAAGGAUGUUCUGGAAACGUGCAGUUGUUUACACAGAAUGGCGACGACAUUGUUCAGAUGGAGAGAGUGCGAGUCGCGCCCUUGGAGAAGACAUGCCAGGGUCGCCGGCCGUUCUCCCAGGUAGUCUGGGGCCCCCUCGUCCCGGACGCAAAAAGACUAUCGUAUACGUCUUCGGCGGAAUCUGUGACUCAGACUCUGACCAUCGAGCGCAUAGUGCUCAUUCAUAUCAAACUUAUUAGCGAGCAGCUUACUCCCGCUGACCACGAGGGCCUCGACUGGCAUCGUGCACGGGUCGUCGCUUGGUUUGACCAUGUGCUGUCGUUGACACGGUGGGGAAAGCAUCCAAUCUGUCCUCCAGAAUGGCUGGAUAGCGCCCAGGAGGAUCUCGAUAGGCUGAUGAGCUCGCUGCCUUCGAAACUACCAGCAGUGGCCUUGGGCCGGGUGGUGGGGUCCAAUAUGCUGCGGUUCUUGCGCGGAGAGACCACGAUCCUCGAGGAAACGCGCAAUGACAACCUACUCGGCCUGUUUUACAAAUACGAUGUCGAGACGAAGACUGCCAAUAAUUGUCUGGGUGACGUGGCCAGCCAGAUCGUCUUCCGCUAUCCACGUAUGAAAAUCCUGGAGAUUGGAGCUGGAACCGGUUCUACCACCAGCGCCACGCUGGCUCGCAUUGGCCGGUCGUACCACUCGUACACCUUCACGGAUAUCUCCGUCGGCUUCUUCGAAGACGCCCAGCAGCAGUUCGCCGAACAUGGAGACCACUUCCUCUACCAGUCCCUUGACAUUACGCAGGAUCCUACCCAGCAGGGCUUCGAGGAUGCGAGCUACGAUCUGGUGAUCGCAUCCAAUGUCCUCCAUGCCACGCCAUCAAUUCGACAGACCUUGAGCAAUGUUCGCCGCUUGCUAAAGCCUCGUGGCUACCUCGCUCUGAUGGAGGCCACCAACACCGACGCUCUCAGCGUUUCCUUUUGCUUUGGUGGCUUUGAGGGAUGGUGGGUUGGCGAGAAGGACGGUCGAUUGGGAGGAGGCUCUUCAGGACACUGGCUUUGGUGGUUUGAUUCUGUCUCUGAGUUGGGCGAUCCGCGAUUGAGCACCUAUUCGGUCCUACUCUCACAGGCGGUCGAUGAUCGCGUGCGACUUCUGCGUGAGCCCUUAUCAGAACCAGACACUGAAGUCGCUCACACGCUGGUGAUUAUUGGCGGUGCUGAAAACGACACAUCGCGCCUUGUCGACGACAUAUCUGGACUUUUAGGUCCUUACUUUUACCGCGUUAUUCGAAUACAAACUCUUGAAACGUUAGGUGAUAAUGGCUUGCAUGUCUCGGCCGGUAGCGCCCUAGUCCUUACCGACGUCGACAAACCAUGCUUCGAGGACCUGAGCGAAGACCGCCUCAAAGGGCUUCAAUACCUGGUCGGAAUGGCUUGGAAGCUUCUUUGGGUGACCGCUGGCUCGGAAUCGGACUGCGACUGGUUCUGCAUGAGCAAAGGCUGGCUGAAGUGCCUCCCUUACGAGCAUAAGGAUGGCCUGUAUCAGUAUCUCAAUGUGGUCGAACUCGCGGACCUUGAUGCUGUCGUUGUUGCUCGCACACUGAUGUGCUUGCCUAACCAUUACACUCUGCCUGACCGUGUCUGGGUGGCAGAGCCCAAGCUGCGACUUGAAAAGGGCGCUAUGAAAAUCCCGAGCUUUGCGGACGCGCCGGAGUUGAACACUCGGUACGAAGCCUGUCGACAGGCAGUCUACCAAUCCGUGAAGCUGGAAGAUGCAUCCGUCAAGCUAGUAUUGUCUGAUUCCAGCGGUCAGUACGAGCUUCAUAUGGACAAUGAGCACAGCGAUGCCCCAAAAACGCUCGCUGCUACCCAGGCGUAUAUCCGCCUGCAUAUUCGAUGUUCCAGCGCGCAAGCAGUUAGGGUUGGGAGUGGAAGAGUCUUCCUUCAUCUGGUAAUUGGAAUAGAUACCAACAGCAACAAAUGCAUGCUUGCCUUUGUUGACAGAAAUGCCACUGUUGUCACAACGCCAGCCAGCUGGUGCCGUGAGCUUCCAGCUGAAGUCUCCGAGAACGACGAGCAAACCUUUUUACAUGCCGCUGUAACAGCUAUUGUGGCCUACUCGAUCAUCCAACAGGCAGAGGAUUCCACGGUCGUGUGGGUGCAUGAAGCAGAUGAAGCCCUACAACAGGCAAUUGAAAUGCACGCUGUUACCAGAGGAAUUCGACGCCAUUUCACCACGGCGGAUUUGUCCAGUCAGCGGGAGAAUACCGUAAUUGUACACCCACGGAGUUCGAUUCGUGUGCUUGCCAACCUCAUUCCCCCACAGCUUUUCAUGUUUAUAUCCCUUGAUUCGGAGGAUGGGAACGAUGGGUUCUCUCGGAGCAUCAGCAAGCUGCUGCCUUACCAUGUGCUACGAGGGACGAUGAGCAGCCUAUACGGCGUCGUGGCGGUACCACCAGUUCAUGAAAACCAGAUGUCCUACCAUUUACUGACCGAGACUCUUACAAUGGUCACGCAAUUAAUGCAAUUAACAAGACUUACCUCGCUGCCGGUGGUCAACCUCAAGCAAUUCUCUGCUACAGGACUCGAGGCGAAACAAGGCCUCAUUAUUGACUAG